CACCCCCUCCAACUCUCGAUCUCCUGGCGUUUCUGAUGACCAAGCCACCCCCUCCAACUCUCGAUCUCCCCCGUCUCCGUCUUAGCCACUGCUGCAACAGCUGCUGCCCCGUCUGUUGCCCCGUCGACUUCUUCAUCAGGUUCUGUUGAAAGACAGCCUUUGAGGAAUGCAAGCAAGGAUCACCUGAGAUCGCUCCAAGGAUUCCAGCUCAACCACAUCUAUUUGGGGAACAUGUACAUAUGAAGCAACAACUUGAAAGGUGGAAUGGACCACCCAAGAUAGAACUGACUUAUCUGGCCUUAUCACUGCCAUGAAGAGGUAUUGGUGGUUGGCAAAGAUUUGAAAACGGUUGCCUUGUGCAAACGGCAUUGACGAUAACUCGAGAAAUUCCAAUUCUCUUUUGAAGUCAAGGACGCGACCCUGUGCGAUGUAAAGCAGGUUUGUGCUGAGAGCAGGUUGAGCACCACUGUCAAGGGAUAUCUGCAUAUCGAAACAGGUAGCACAAAGGAGUACUUAAAAGGAUUUCUAUAGGAGUUAAGCCGAAAGAAAUGAAGGGAGAUUUGGGGAACUUUGUAGUGGCAGUAAAAUGAAGAAAUGAGGAAACGUUUGUUCAACUCUUGCGUUUGUGGGUCGAACCAGAAAUGGAGAAUAACCAAAGGGGCAGCUGCAAAUCAGUGGGGGAAUUUGAAGAAAUCCAAGGGAUUCUAUCAAGAAUGGUUUUGGGCUUUGUGAGGUAAGUAUAGAUUAUGACUUUGGUAGCUGUAAUUGAAGUUAAAAUGAUAUUUAUCUGGUUAAACAUGAUCCUAGAGUAAAGCUAAUGCAAGAAGUGGGCUUAGUAAGGAAGAAUGCUUAACAUGCAAAUGAAAUUAUGAAUUAGUUCAUGGCUAGGCUAUAAGUCAGUGCUGGAUUAAAGUUGAGACUACAUGUUGGACAUGUAGAUAUGGCAGAUAUGGCUUUUGAAAGUUUUAUUUGAUGCAAGCUACUGUGCUAUUCUGUUGUGAUCUGAUAUUAAAUUGUAUUGCUAUAUCUAAAGUACAAGCAUGACAGUGCAUAGAUGCUGUUUCUAUGAGCUAGGUAGAACCCAGUUGGACUGGGAGCAUGAAAAGAGAUAUCUAGAUCCAUUGUGCAGUAGGAAGAACCAUUGGUUGGACCAUUGGUAUGGUAGCUACUGAGCUAGGUAGAACCCAGUUGGACUGGGAGCGUGAAGAAAGGUAUCUUGAUCCGCUGUGCAGUAGGAAGAACCAUUGGUUGGACCAUUGGUAUGGUGGGAUGUACACCCCCAAGGAAAAAUCCAUGGAUAAGAACUUGCAUUCAUCUGCAUGUUGAACAAGCAUAAGGCUACCUUGCUAUUAUCUUAUGUUUAUUGGAAGUAUUUAUGUCAUGUUUAUUUAUGACACUGAUGAAACUGUUCAGCAUUGAUGAGCAGUGUUUGAUGGAACUGAUUCUGUGCUUCCUGAGGUAAAGGAAUGUAUUUUCUGGUUUGUUCUAGAAUGGAGACCAAGUGAGCAUGUGCUUGGAUUGAACUUACUUGCUCUAAAUUAGAUAGUUCUAAUUUAGAGAAUGUGGAUUAUUUUCGAGAUGAUGAUUUGUCUAUGUCUAAUUCUGGUAUCUUUGCGUAAGUUUUAUGUGGAAGAACAAUGUAAGUUAAUUGAUGGAACUUAAUAAGUUAAAUUAAGAUUUCAGUCAUGGCUCUUAAGUUAUUACCUAUGCUUGUUGAGCUACAUAGCUCAUGGUGUAUUGUUCACCCUGUUUCAGGUUAGCUAGUGAAGAGAUCAACAAUUUUUGGGAGACUAAAAGUUUCCUAUGGUUGCUGGUAGUGAACAAGCUUGUAAGGCUUGUUGAGGUAACUUUUAUCUGCCCAAAGCUGAAUCCUUGCUCAAUGUUUUGUAAAAGAACUUUGCAUUACUAGAAUAUGUUUUGUUUACCAAAUGGGGCAUCAAGUGAUUGAGAGCUGAUUCUUAAUCUAGUUUAUUGUGAUAGAAUUUGAUGUAUAAAUAAAAGUUACAGCUCAAACCUUACCCUUUUGGCUAAGGUUGCAGGUCUGGGAUGUAACAUAUUUAUUUUGCAGAAUGAAAUUAUAAUGAUCCU